AUGUAUGAAGAAGAGGGUAUGUGGUACGUAGCUAAUAGUAAGCUAGAUGCGGUGUUUGGUCUUCGUGAUGGAUCCCUCAAUAUUCGAAAAGGUCCUUAUGGACUUAAACUUGUGGUGAACUGGCUCAGCAAAGCUCGCAAGCACGAGAUGUGGGACUCGGACGAGGACAAGGCUAGAAGACUCGUCAAGCCGCCCGGAUGGGAUUCAGCUUCUGAUAACUUGGUCAAGAUCAAGAUGGAGAAUAUCCUCUUGCAUGUUAAAGAAUUGGAGUGUCAACCACCCAAUUUACCCGAUUCUGGUGGACCGGCUGGUCCUGCAGUUCCACUUCCGGAUGGAUCCAAAGGAAAGAAACAUGACGAGGAUCCUAAAGAAGCCGAUUUAUCACCUGCUUUAAUAUCCAAGAAGCCGCCAGUCGAAGUCAAAUCCAGCACCAAACGAGAGUAUAUUGCCUCAGUCGCCGACUUGCUUAAGCUAUGUCCUUUGUCAACACCUAUCAAGCCCUGUGACCGAUGCAAUGUUGAAGAACUCAUCAGAAGGAAAGAGUUUCAGUGUCAUUGUGGAGCACAGAAGAAAAUCUUACAUGGAGGACGAACCGAGGCAGCACAAGAGCACUGGAAAACUGCUCGGUGUGUGAAGAAGACUGCUGAUAUUCGAUCAAGUCAAGUCCUCACGAGCUUCUUUUCGUCCACACCUGUGGACCCAGUUGCUGUCCCGCGUUUGAAACGAGGCUAUAUCGAGGUUGCAUGUCCUGGUUUAAAAGAUGAGACUUGGGAUCGCCCACGAGCAACAAAGACCAUCGAACAGUUUUUAGAAAAUACGUGCUCAAUUUAUCGUGGUAGUGUUCGGCACAAGGUUGUUAAGGAACUGUUUGGCGAAAACACAACUGAAUCAUCCUUAUCGAAAGUCAAGAAGGCCAAGCUUCUAGAUACCUUGGAUGCACGUGCUAUAUGGCUAGUUAAACGACAUGGCUCUCGUAACGCUAUCUACUCACCAAAGUGCCUCAAAACUUUAGUCCGCAGAACCACCGAUCCGAACACAGCUUGCUCAAAGUGUUGUACACUUAAAGAUUUAAGCAGCUUAACCAGUGCAGUCAAUCACGAUUACGCUGGAACUGAAACUCUCAAGUACACCAAUAACACACUUAUGUUACUUGAUGCGUAUAAUGCGAAACUGGUACAGUUUAGUGACCUUCGGACUUGUAAAAAGUCACUUGAAUUGUCACAAGGUGGAGACUUUAGCGCUUACUUAUCUCAUGUAGCUAUCUUGGCGAAAAACGGACUCUUCAAGAAUCGCGAUGCUGUUAAAGGCUUGAUCAUGGGCGUCACUGUGCGAGCGGAGCGUGAAGACGCCGGCAAAUCUCUUCGAGGCAUGCGAGUGGAUCCUUAUCUUGACGACUGUCUAACCACCCUUGGUGCGAUGAACCGUUCUGCUCUCAACCUAUUCACUAAAACUUUUGCCGGUCGAACUGCACGAAGUCAGCGUCAAAUUCAAGCUCGAGACGGUGGAAAAAUGGAGUCUGGAAUCCAUCUUUCCAACUUCAAACGCAUUGCUGCGAAUCUAGCAGCCUUGGGAUACUCGGGACCCAUUGCAGCGGCUUCGGAUCAGACAGUAUGUGUCAAAACCCUUCGACACCACAACGGGUCUUUGGUAGGUGCUCAGGGUCCAGAUGUCCCUUUUGAAGAUGCAAAGGAACUCCGCGACCUUGUGGAGAAAAUAUUACGUGCAUAUACCAUUCAGGUACCACUCCCAAACGUCCCUACAUAUGUAGUCGCCUUGUUAUCUAGUCGUACGAAUGAAGGAGCCACCGACAUUGCAUCAGAACACGAGGAGGUCAUCACACUUGCUCAUGAGGUUGGUAUCAACAUCCUUUCAAUGGGCGCCGACGGCGCUGCCACUGAGCUUUCUGCACAAGAAAAGCUAGUUGAAAAGUCGACUCAAUUUCAUACGUAUACAAAUGCAACUCUCAAUGUUUAUAUCAAGAUUCCGCUUUUCGGAGAACCGCCUCGCCCAAUCAUAUGUAUUCAAGACCCCAAACAUGCGCGAAAGACCGGUGCCAACCAGUUACUUUCAGGUGCUCACUUAUUGGUCAUUGGAAAUUACACCGUUACAAUUCAGCAGCUUGCCGAGAUACUUAAAAUGCCGAACUCUCCUCUUCACGCCAAAGACGUUUUUGAUUCGGACAAACAGGACGAUGGGCGUGCACUGCGAACUUUUUGUGCUCCAACUCUAGCCGCUGCAAUCACUCUUGAAAACAACACCGGUUUAACCAUAUAUCUUUAUGUCGUCGGCGAGUUGGUUGAUUCGUGGCUGAACAAGAAGAUCCGACACCAUGAGCGUAUACGAUCUGCGUGGACGGCAGGCUUCUUUAUGCGACGCUGGAAAGCGUACCUUCAAAAGCGCGAAAAAGAAACCAACGGUCUCAUGAGUUUCCAUCAGAAUUGCAUCUCACAUGCAGGAUUCAAGAUCUUUUCAACUCUUCCUAAGUCACUUCUGGCGUUAAUCAUAGCUCAUCGUGAUUACUAUUCUGGAUUUCCUCUCUUCCCUUGGAAACACGGAACUGAACCUUGCGAGCAUAUAUUUGGUUGGAUGCGAGUCAUAUCACCACGUUUCUCAGUCCUUGAUGCUCGUUUUAUGAUGCCGAAAAUCCAUGCGGUGGUUAAGAGCGCUAUGAGUGGUAGAAUCAAGAUCCCACCUUCUGAGCACUUGCACUCUGGAUACCAAUAUGCGUUUGGUGAUGAAGAAGAUGCUGAGAACUUCCGCCUUCUCCAAACUUGGCCGACAAAUUCCGAAAUCGCACAUGAACUCACUAUUGCCAACCAAAUUGCUAACAGCUUGGCCGAGUUAGCUGGCAUGGGUCCUGUAGAUCCAGACGAUGAAGAGCUGGAGGUUGAUCGUGUGCUUGAGGAACUCGAAUUACCUAUUGAGGAUGAAACUCCGGAUGUAUCGGUUUGUUCAACAAAGGAUUAUUGUGUCAAAUAUAGCGCCGAGUCUGGAGACUGGCCUGAGGAGCUUGCUUUUUCCGAAGCUGCUUUGUUAGCGAAAGAUCAAAACGCCCUUGACCUCUUACUCAAUCAAGUACCCGAUGAGGUUGACUCUGAUGCCAUCAAAAAUGCGGCGAUUUCCAUUGCCAGUUUGCUUAAUCCAAGUGUAUAUGGCCAACCACGAUCGCUGGGUGUUGGUUGA